GCCAGUGCCGGAGACAGGGCCAGCCCACAGGCGUGAGGCCAGAGCUAGUAGUGGGUUCCUGUGGGUCUACACUGCACCCCAACCAUGGACGGGCAGUGUCCUGAAAGGCCACACAGCCGCACCCCGACGGGUAGAAUGUCGUCAGCCGUGUCCCAAAACUCUAGAAUCUCCCUCCCUGUCUCCACAUCCACGAAGGAUGCAUCUUGCAUGAAGGUACCCCAGGACUCUGCCCGCAGGGACAGAUGGUCACACCCCACCACCAUCCUGCUUCACAAGUCGCAGAGCAGCCAGGCCACACUGAUGCCACAGGAGCACGGGAUGUUCAUGGCGGAGGCCUACAGUGCAGCCACCUGCUUCAAGAUGCUGCAGGACAUGAACAGUGCCGACCCCUUCCACUUGAAGUACAUCAUCAAGAAGAUCAAGAACAUGGCUCAUGGCUCUCCCAAGAUGGUGAUGGAAACCAUCCACGACUACUUUAUAGACAACCCAGAGAUCUCCAGCAGGCACAAGUUCCGGCUGUUCCAGGCCCUGGAGAUGGUCAUCAGGGCCAGUGACGUCCUGGAGGAGACCUGGGAGAAAACCUUCACACGGCUGGCCCUGGAGAACAUGACCAAGGCCACGGAGCUGGAAGACAUAUACCAGGACGCGGCCAGCAACGUGCUGGUGGCCAUCUGCAGGCACUCGUGGCGGGUGGUGGUGCAGCAUCUGGAAACGGAGCUGCUGACGGGCGUCUUCCCACACCGCAGCCUCCUCUACGUGAUGGGCGUCCUGUCCUCCAGCGAGGAGCUCUUCAGCCAGGAAGACAAGGCCUGCUGGGAAGAGCAACUGAUCCAGAUGGCCAUCAAGUCAGUCCCGUUCCUGCGCACGGAUGUGUGGUCCAAGGAGCUGCUGUGGACACUCACCACGCCCAGCUGGACCCCACAGGAGCAGUCCCCUGAGAAGGCCUUCCUGUUCGCCUACUACGGGCUAAUCCUUCAGGCUGAAAAAAACAGUGCCACGGUCAGGAGACACCUGCAAGCCCUCCUGGAAACAUCCCACCAGUGGCCCAUGCAGAGGGAGGGCAUGGCUCUGACCUUGGGGCUGGCGGCCACCCACCACCUGGAUGACGUCUGGGCCGUCCUGGACCAGUUUGGCCGGAGCAGGCCCAUCAGAUGGAGCCUCCACAGCUUCUCCCCGAAGAACUCGGAGGACCUGCACUGGAAAUGGGCCAGCAGCACCAUCCUCCUGGCAUACGGCCAGGUGGCGGCCAAAGCCCGGGCCCACAUCCUCCCGUGGGUGGACAACAUCGUGUCCAGGAUGGUCUUCUACUUCCACUACAGCUCUUGGGAUGAGACCCUGAAGCAGAGCUUCCUCACAGCCACCCUGAUGCUGAUGGGUGCAGUGAGCCGGAGUGAGGGCGCCCACAGCUACAAGUUCUCCCAGACCUCCGAGCUCCUCCAGUGUCUGAUGGUUUUGAUGGAGAAGGAGCCCCAGGACACUCUGUGCACGCGGAGUCGCCAGCAGGCCAUGCACAUCGCGUCCAGCCUCUGCAAGCUGAGGCCCCCCAUAGACUUGGAAAGGAAGUCUCAGCUCCUGUCCACCUGCUUCCGCAGCGUGUUUGCCUUGCCGCUGCUGGAUGCCCUGGAGAAGCACACCUGCCUCUUUCUGGAACCUCCCAACAUCCAGGUGUGGCCCAUGGCUCGGGAGCGGGCAGCCUGGAUGCACCAGGGCUGGGGACCUGGGGCAGUUCUUCACUGCCCUGAGCACCUACAGAGCCUGUACAGCAGGACCACGGAGGCGCUGGACCUCAUGCUGCAAAGCCUCAUCAUGCAGAACCCCACCGCCGGCGAGCUGCAUUUCCUGCUGUCGCACCUGUACACCUGGCUGGCGUCGGAGAAGGCGCAUGAGCGGCAGCGGGCUGUGCACAGCUGCAUGAUCCUCCUCAAAUUCCUGAACCACAAUGGCUACUUGGACCCAAAAGAGAACUUCAAAAGGAUUGGGCAACUGGUGGGCAUACUGGGGAUGCUGUGCCAGGACCCAGACAAGGCCACCCAGCGCUGCAGCCUGGAAGGGGCAAGCCAUCUCUACCAGCUCUUGAUGCGCCACAAAGCAGGAGAAACUUUGCAGGCAGAAUCACAGGCCCCCAAGGAGCUCUCCCAGGCUCAUUCAGAUGGAACCCCACUCUGGAACAGCAGAGACCAGAAGGCCACUCCCCUGAGCCCCCAGGAGAUGGCAAAGAACCACAUCUUCCAGCUCUGCAGCUCCCAAGUCAUCAAGGAGAUCAUGCAGCAGCUCACACUGGCAGAGUUAAACGACCUCAUCUGGACAGCCAUCGACAGCCUGGGCUCCACCAGCCCCUUCCACGUGCAGGCGGCCUCCGAGAUGCUGCUCACAGCCAUCCAGGAGCACGGGGCCAAGCUGAAGAUCGUUUCCAGCAUGGCCCAGGCCAUCGGCCUCCGCCUGUGCUCUGUCCACAACCCCCAAGCCCAGGAAAAGACCCUGCACGCCAUCACCCUGCUGGCCCGGAACCACACCCGCGAGCUGGUGGCCACCUUCCUGGACAUCUCCAUCCCCUUGGACAGCCACACCUUCCAGCUGUGGAGGGCCCUGGGGGCCGAGCAGCCCACGAGCCACCUGGUGCUGACCAUGCUGCUGGCGUGGCUGCAGGAGCGGCCCCUGCCCACCGGUGCCAGCGACAGCAGCCCCUGCCCCAAGGAGAAGACCUACCUGCGCUCGCUGGCUGCCAUGAACAUGCUGCGUGAGCUGCAGUUUGCCCGGGAGUUCAAGCAGGCCGUGCAGGAGGCCUACCCCAAGCUCUUCCUGGCCCUCCUCACCCAGACGCACUAUGUCUUGGAGCUGAACCUGCCCGGGGAGCCCCAGCCCAAGCAGCAGGCCCAGGAGGCGGCCAUGCCCAGCCCCCAAAGCUGCAGCACGUCACUGGAGGCACUGAAGAGACUGCUGUCCACCACGGGGCACUGGCAUGACUUUGCCCACCUGGAGCUGCAGGGAUCCUGGGAGCUCUUUGCCACCAUCCACACCUACCCGAAGGGCGUGGGCCUCCUUGCCAGGGCCAUGGUGCACAACCACUGCAGGCAGAUCACAGUGGUGCUGCGUCAGCUGCUGCCCAGCUUGCAGAGCCCAGAGGAGCGUGACAGGAAGGUGGCCAUCCUCAUCCUCACCGAGUUCCUCUACAGCCCUGCCCUGCUGGAGGUGCUUCCCAAACAAGCUGCCUUGACUGUGCUGGCACAAGGCCUCCACGACCCCAGCCCCGAGGUCCGCGUGUUGAGUCUUCAGGGCCUAAGCAACAUCCUCUUCCACCCAGAUAAGGGAAGCCUGCUCCGGGGACAGCUGCGGCCCUUCCUCGACGGCUUCUUCCAGAGCAGCGAGCAGGUGAUCCUGUGCAUCAUGGGCACCGUGUCAGACACGCUGCACCGCCUGGGCGCGCAGGGCGCAGGGAGCCAGAGCCUCAGUGUUGCCAUCAGCGCACGCUCCUUCUUUAAUGACGAGCGGAACACGAUUCGGGCGGCAGCCAUGGCACUGUUCGGGGACCUGGUGGCGGCCACGGCAGACAGGGAGCUGAGCGGCCUGCGAACCCAGGUGCACCAGAGCAUGGUGCCCCUGCUCCUGCACCUGAAGGACCAAUGCCCAGCUGUCGCCACGCAGGCCAAGUUCGCCUUCUACCGCUGUGCUGUGCUGCUCCGAUGGCGGCUACUGCACACCCUCUUCUGCACGCUGGCCUGGGAGAGGGGCCUCAGCGCCCGCCACUUCCUCUGGACCUGCCUGAUGACCCGCAGCCAGGAGGAAUUCAGCAUCCACUUGUCACAGGCCCUCAGCCACCUGCACAGCCACUCCCACCACAUCAAGACCUGGGCGGCGCUCUUCAUAGGCCACACCAUCUGCUACCACCCCCAGGCCGUGUUCCAGAUGCUGAAUGCUGUGGACACCAACCUGCUGUUCUGCACUUUUGAACGUCUCAAAAGUGACCCUGAGCCCAGCAUCCGGGAAUUCGCCACCGGCCAGCUCUCCUUCCUCCAGAAGGUGUCGGCCAGACCCAAGCAGUGACCUCCAGCCAUCCUCCCCCACCGCCUUCCCCUCCCGUGUCCACCUGGUCAGCCCUGCCCCAUCCGCCCCCCACAGAGCUUGGUUGCAUAACGUUUUUCCAUUUGAAAGAAAGAUCUAGAUUCAACAAAGAAGCGUUAUGCGUGUCAGCUCCCUGCCCACCACAGGCCCCUCUGCUGUGACCAAG